AUGGCUGCUCUCGCCUCCUCUCGCCAGACAGCAGCCCCCAUCCAGCAGCUGACACCGCCCAGCAGCUCUCACGGCGGACGGGGAUCCUGGGAUUUUGCUGUUCCCGUCAACGGCUUGCGAGAGUCGCUUGACCAAGAACACCACAUGUCCGAGUACGGCGCCUUCACCCACGGUGCCCAUCAGUCCUACAGCUCGCAGGCCAACGGCUUUGCACAGCCCGUACGCUCGCCUACGUGGGGCUCCCAAGAUCAGGGCCCAUCUCAGCCCGUUUCCGAUCGCGUCGACGAACUGCACAAGAAGAAGAGCGGGGAGAUGAUUGCCAGCAACACCGACCAGGACAGUGUCUUGGAGUACUACAAGACCCACACCAACAACAAAAGAGGCCCCUCCAGCAUCAAGGGAAAGCCCAAGAAGAAGACUUCCAAGGGGGGUCAGUCGGACCCUGAAUAUGACGAAAACAACUGGAUUCACCGAGACAAACUCAAGGAGAUUGAAACUCGAGAACUAGAAGAGGCCGGCUUCAGGGUCGGGCGAUCUAGCAGGUCCAACAGUCGUUCGCAAAGCGCAAGCCGGCGUGCACGGGACCGCACAAACUCGGAAUCGACCGAACAGUCAAAGAACGGCGAUGAGCGAUCCGAGCCGAGGAAACGUGUGUCCACUAUUCCAGCGGGCGACGAGGAGGCGUACGAGAACCACCCCACUACGAGCCCAACACCCCAGGACGAGACUGUCGAAUUCCAGCCCACGUCUUCCAAGGCGAACCACACUGUGAGACCUAGUACGUCUCGCAUUCCCCUGCCCAAGACGAGUGGCAUACCUGUUCCUUCUUCGGUGGCAGACCGCGAUGCGCCGCUUCCUAGGUCAAGGGCAGGAAGCACCCACUUGAACGGGGAGUCCAUUGCUACAAUGGGCGCGCGCGUCCGCAGUGGCAGUGUAGGUAGCCAGGUGCUGCUUGACGAUUACGACGAUGGACAAGAGAGGAUGCUGCAUCAUGGCCACAGGCGCAAUACUUCCACCGGAAGCUAUUCUCCGCCAAAGUCACCGCAAAAGUCGCCUGUCAAAAAACCAGCGGGCAAGCAAAACCCAUCUGCAUCGCGAAAAACCAGCGUCCAGAAGAAGCAGACCAAGUCUCGCACUACGUCCAGCACUUCACCUCCUAAUAAGCGCCCUGGUACAAGCGGCGGCAUGGCGACACGCCCUACUACUGCCCACCGACCAGAAGGAGAGGCACCGUGGAUAGCAUCCAUGUACAAACCGGACCCGCGUCUUCCUCCUGACCAACAGAUUAUCCCAACUCAUGCGAAGCGAAUGCAGCAAGAGCAAUGGGAGAACGAGGGUAGAGUUGGCUCAAUGUACGACAAGGAUUUCCGCCUAUUGAACGAUGAUCCCAUGAUGAGCAAGCGACUUUCACAACUUGCCAACCUCGACCCCAUUGCUAUUGAGAAGGCCCGGGAAGAAGAAGCAUGGCCCCUUCCUAGCCCCACAAAGCAGGAGUCCUCGUCAAAUGAGAAGGGCGACACCAACACUGCCAAAUCUCCAACCAUGGAGCAAAGUGCUUACAAGUUGACUCCAACAAUACCUCAAGGAGUUGAUCGUGCUCCUUCGCCCAAGUUGGCCCCCCCUAUCCAACCCGCACAGCCAAAGCCUGAAGUCACUCGAGUAUCUGAGCCAAAGGAAGAGGUCAAGGAGAAGAAGGGCUUGUGCUGCAUCUCGGACGGAGAAGACGAUACCAAGUCCCAAGUCAGCGCGGCCGCCGAGGUCGAGGUCUCCGCGGAUGCGUCCGGCGGUAAGGGCCAGAUGAGCGUGCUCGAGGCGCUCAAGGGCGUCCUCAAGCUCGCUCUCAUCCACGACGGCCUUGCCCGCGGUCUGCGCGAGGCGUCCAAGGCGCUCGACCGCCGCGAGGCGCACAUGUGCGUCCUCAACGAGGCGUGCGAGGAGGAGGCAUACAAGAAGCUCGUUGUUGCCCUGUGCUCCGAGCACAAGAUUCCUCUGAUCAAGGUUCCUGAUGGCAAGCAGCUCGGCGAGUGGGCUGGUCUCUGCCAGAUUGACCGUGAGGGCAACCCCCGCAAGGUCGUCAACUGCUCUUGCGUCGUCGUCAAGGACUGGGGUGAGGAGUCCCAGGAGCGCAGCAUCCUCCUCAACUACUUCCAGACCGAGCAGUAA